UGAGAGCAGAAGAGAAAGAAAUGAAAGUCUGAUGCUGAUGUUGAAAGUCCAGUGAAGCCGAAGCAAGAAAGAUGGCAGCUGAAGGACCACAGGCCUCCAGAGGUGAUAUCUCCAAUCUAAUAGACUUGAGGAUUGUGCUGCUGGGGAACAGAGACGCUUGGAGGAGUUCAGCAGGAAACACCAUCCUGGGCAGAGAAGAGUUUGACCCUGAUGUGAGAACACUGCAGUGUGUGAAGAGACAGGGAGAGGUAGCAGGGAGACAGGUCACUGUGGUGGACACUCCAGGAUGGAAGGAUUAUAGUGAAUGUUAUUAUAAGGACUCUCCUAAUCUCCUUAAACAGGAGAUUGUUCUCAGUGUGACUCUGUGUCCUCCAGGACCUCAUGCAUUUCUGUUGGUCAUCCAUGAGAACAUGACCUUCACAGAGGCAGAGAGAAAAGCCACAUCAAACCACCUGAGUCUUCUGGGCCAUGGAGCCUGGGAACACUCUCUAGUUCUGUUCAUUCAGGAGACUCCUGCAGAAGAGAAAGCCUUUGAGGUUAAAGGGAAAAUGCUCCAGCAGCUUGUAGAGAAUUGUGGGAAAAGAUAUCAUGUCCUCAACAUCAAGAACAAGGAUAAAAUGCAAGUCACAGAGCUGCUGGAGAAGAUAGACAAGAUGGCGGCCGGGAAUAGCAACAGUCAUUAUGAGAUGGACAGACAGAGACUGGAGGAAGUAGAAGAGAAGAGAAGAAAAGACAAAGAAAAGGGAACACGAACAGCAAUAUCUAACCGAUUAUUAACAGAAAAUACAUGCCCCCUUUCAGAGUUCAGAGUUGUGCUACUGGGAUACAGAACAUCUGGGAAGAGUUCAUCAGGAAACACCAUCCUGGGCAGAGAGGAGUUUGACCUGAAGAGAAGAACAGCUCAGUGUGUGAAGAGACAGGGAGAAGUAACAGGCAGACAGGUCACUGUAGUUAAGGCUCCAGGAUGGUGGAUUAAUUUCAACCUCAAAACCUGUCUUGAGCUCACUAAACAGGAGAUCGUGUUCAGUGUGUCUCUGUGUCCUCCAGGACCUCACAUUUUCUUACUGAUUGUAAAAAUAGCCGAAGCGUCAACACAGGAUUACAUUAGAAACAUCCAAGAACAUGUGGAGAUUCUCAGUGACAGAGUCUGGUGUCACACCAUGGUGCUGUUUACCCGUGGAGACUGGCUGGGAAAUGCAACCAUUGAGCAGUACAUUGAGAGUGAAGAACAUAUCAGAUAUCUGGUAGAGAAAUGUGGGAACAGAUAUCAUGUUCUCAACAAUGAGGACAUAGGUGACAGAACACAGAUCACAGAGCUGAUGGAGAAGAUGGAGGAAAUUAUCUCUGGAAACGGAGGCCGUCACUAUGAGAUGGACAGAAAGAGACUGGAGGAAGUGAAGGAGAGGAGGGAGAAAGAAGAAGAGAGAGCAACAGAGAGACUGAUGAAGGUGGAGAAGCAAAGACAACACCUGCAGUCGCUGAAGCCAGGACAUGCAUCCCCCCAGUCAGAGUUCAGAGUUGUGCUGCUGGGAUACAGAACAUCUGGCAAGAGUUCAUCAGGAAACACCAUCCUGGGCAGAGAGGAGUUUGACCUGAAGAGAAGAACAGCUCAGUGUGUGAAGAGACAGGGAGAAGUAGCAGGCAGACAGGUCACUGUAGUCAAGGCUCCAGGAUGGUGGAAGAAUGUCAACCUCAUAAACACUCCUGAGCUCACUAAACAGGAGAUUGUGCUCAGUGUGUCUCUGUGUCCUCCAGGACCUCACAUUCUCUUACUGCUAGUACAAGUAGCUCAAUCUAUCGAGCAGGAUGACAUUAGAAACAUCCAAGAACAUGUGGAGAUUCUCAGUGACAGAGUCUGGUGUCACACCAUGGUGCUGUUUACCCGUGGAGACUGGCUGGGAAACGUAACCAUUGAGCAGUACAUUGAGAGUGAAGAACACAUCAGAUAUCUGGUAGAGAAAUGUGGGAACAGAUAUCAUGUUCUCAACAAUGAGGACAAAGGUGACAGAACACAGAUCACAGAGCUGAUGGAGAAGAUGGAGGAAAUUAUCUCUGGAAACGGAGGCCGUCACUAUGAGAUGGACAGAAAGAGACUGGAGGAAGUGAAGGAGAGGAGGGAGAAAGAAGAAGAGAGAGCAACAGAGAGACUGAUGAAGGUGGAGAAGCAAAGACAACACCUGCAGUCGCUGAAGCCAGGACAUGCAUCCCCCCAGUCAGAGUUCAGAGUUGUGCUGCUGGGAUACAGAAUGUCUGGGAAGAGUUCAUCAGGAAACACCAUCCUGGGCAGAGAGGAGUUUGACCUGAAGAGAAGAACAGCUCAGUGUGUGAAGAGACAGGGAGAAGUAGCAGGCAGACAGGUCACUGUAGUCAAGGCUCCAGGAUGGUGGAAGAAUGUCAACCUCAUAAACACUCCUGAGCUCACUAAACAGGAGAUUGUGCUCAGUGUGUCUCUGUGUCCUCCAGGACCUCACAUUCUCUUACUGCUAGUACAAGUAGCUCAUUCUAUCGCGCAGGAUGACAUUAGAAACAUCCAAGAACAUGUGGAGAUUCUCAGUGACAGAGUCUGGUGUCACACCAUGGUGCUGUUUACCCGUGGAGACUGGCUGGGAAACGCAACCAUUGAGCAGUACAUUGAGAGUGAAGAACACCUCAGAUAUUUGGUAGAGAAAUGUGGGAACAGAUAUCAUGUUCUCAACAAUGAGGACAUAGGUGACAGAACACAGAUCACAGAGCUGAUGGAGAAGAUGGAGGAAAUUAUCUCUGGAAACGGAGGCCGUCACUAUGAGAUGGACAGAAAGAGAGUGGAGGAAGUGAAAGAAAGGAGGGAGAAAGAAGAAGAGAGAGCAACAGAGAGACUGAUGAAGGUGGAGAAGCAAAGACAACACCUGCAGUCGCUGAAGCCAGGACAUGCAUCCCCCCAGUCAGAGUUCAGAGUUGUGCUGCUGGGAUACAGAAUGUCUGGGAAGAGUUCAUCAGGAAACACCAUCCUGGGCAGAGAGGAGUUUGACCUGAAGAGAAGAACAGCUCAGUGUGUGAAGAGACAGGGAGAAGUAGCAGGCAGACAGGUCACUGUAGUCAAGGCUCCAGGAUGGUGGAAGAAUGUCAACCUCAUAAACACUCCUGAGCUCACUAAACAGGAGAUUGUGCUCAGUGUGUCUCUGUGUCCUCCAGGACCUCACAUUCUCUUACUGCUAGUACAAGUAGCUCAUUCUUUCGAUCAGGAUGACAUUAGAAACAUCCAAGAACAUGUGGAGAUUCUCAGUGACAGAGUCUGGUGUCACACCAUGGUGCUGUUUACCCGUGGAGACUGGCUGGGAAACGCAACCAUUGAGCAGUACAUUGAGAGUGAAGAACACCUCAGAUAUCUGGUAGAGAAAUGUGGGAACAGAUAUCAUGUUCUCAACAAUGAGGACAUAGGUGACAGAACACAGAUCACAGAGCUGAUGGAGAAGAUGGAGGAAAUUAUCUCUGGAAACGGAGGCCGACACUGUGAGAUGGACAGAAAGAGACUGGAGGAAGUGAAGGAGAGGAGGGAGAAAGAAGAAGAGAGAGCAACAGAGAGACUGAUGAAGGUGGAGAAGCAAAGACAACACCUGCAGUCGCUGAAGCCAGGACAUGCAUCCCCCCAGUCAGAGUUCAGAGUUGUGCUGCUGGGAUGCAGAACAUCUGGGAAGAGUUCAUCAGGAAACACCAUCCUGGGCAGAGAGGAGUUUGACCUGAAGAGAAGAACAGCUCAGUGUGUGAAGAGACAGGGAGAAGUAGCAGGCAGACAGGUCACUGUAGUCAAGGCUCCAGGAUGGUGGAUUAAUUUCAACCUCAUAAACACUCCUGAGCUCACUAAACAGGAGAUUGUGCUCAGUGUGUCUCUGUGUCCUCCAGGACCUCACAUUCUCUUACUGAUUAUAAAAGUAGGUCAUUCUUACACACAAGAUGUCAUUAGAAACAUCCAAGAACAUCUGGAGAUUCUCAGUGACAGAGUCUGGAGUAACACUAUGGUGCUGUUUACCUGUGGAGACUGGCUGGGAGACACAACCAUUGAGCAGUGCAUUGAGAGUGAAGAACACCUCAGAUAUCUGGUAGAGAAAUGUGGGAACAGAUAUCAUGUUCUCAACAAUGAGGACAAAGGUGACAGAACACAGAUCACAGAGCUGAUGGAGAAGAUGGAGGAAAUUAUCUCUGGAAACGGAGGCUGUCACUAUGAGAUGGACAGAAAGAGAGUGGAGGAAGUGAAAGAAAGGAGGGAGAAAGAAGAGAGAGCAACAGAGAGACUGAUGAAGGUGGAGAGGCAAAGACAACACCUGCAGUCGCUGAAGCCAGGACAUGCAUCCCCCCAGUCAGAGUUCAGAGUUGUGCUGCUGGGACAAAGAACAUCUGGGAAGAGUUCAUCAGGAAACACCAUCCUGGGCAGAGAGGAGUUUGACCUGAAGAGAAGAACAGCUCAGUGUGUGAAGAGACAGGGAGAAGUAGCAGGCAGACAGGUCACUGUAGUCAAGGCUCCAGGAUGGUGGAAGAAUGUCAACCUCAUAAACACUCCUGAGCUCACUAAACAGGAGAUUGUGCUCAGUGUGUCUCUGUGUCCUCCAGGACCUCACAUUCUCUUACUGCUAGUACAAGUAGCUCAAUCUAUCGCGCAGGAUGACAUUAGACACAUCCAAGAACAUGUGGAGAUUCUCAGUGACAGAGUCUGGUGUCACACCAUGGUGCUGUUUACCCGUGGAGACUGGCUGGGAAACACAACCAUUGAGCAGUACAUUGAGAGUGAAGAACACCUCAGAUAUCUGGUAGAGAAAUGUGGGAACAGAUAUCAUGUUCUCAACGAUGAGGACAAAGGUGACAGAACAAAGAUCACAGAGCUGAUGGAGAAGAUGGAGGAAAUUAUCUCUGGAAACGGGGGCCGUCACUAUGAGAUGGACAGAAAGAGAGUGGAGGAAGUGAAGGAGAGGAGGGAGAAAGAAGAAGAGAGAGCAACAGAGAGACUGAUGAAGGUGGAGAAGCAAAGACAACACCUGCAGUCGCUGAAGCCAGGACAUGCAUCCCCCCAGUCAGAGUUCAGAGUUGUGCUGCUGGGAUACAGAACAUCUGGGAAGAGUUCAUCAGGAAACACCAUCCUGGGCAGAGAGGACUUUGACCUGAAGAGAAGAACAGCUCAGUGUGUGAAGAGACAGGGAGAAGUAGCAGGCAGACAGGUCACUGUAGUCAAGGCUCCAGGAUGGUGGAAGAAUGUCAACCUCAUAAACACUCCUGAGCUCACUAAACAGGAGAUUGUGCUCAGUGUGUCUCUGUGUCCUCCAGGACCUCACAUUCUCUUACUGCUAGUACAAGUAGCUCAAUCUAUCGCGCAGGAUGACAUUAGAAACAUCCAAGAACAUGUCGAGAUUCUCAGUGACAGAGUCUGGUGUCACACCAUGGUGCUGUUUACCCGUGGAGACUGGCUGGGAAACACAACCAUUGAGCAGUACAUUGAGAGUGAAGAACACCUCAGAUAUCUGGUAGAGAAAUGUGGGAACAGAUAUCAUGUUCUCAACAAUGAGGACAUAGGUGACAGAACACAGAUCACAGAGCUGAUGGAGAAGAUGGAGGAAAUUAUCUCUGGAAACGGAGGCCGUCACUAUGAGAUGGACAGAAAGAGACUGGAGGAAGUGAAGGAGAGGAGGGAGAAAGAAGAAGAGAGAGCAACAGAGAGACUGAUGAAGGUGGAGAAGCAAAGACAACACCUGCAGUCGCUGAAGCCAGGACAUGCAUCCCCCCAGUCAGAGUUCAGAGUUGUGUUGCUGGGAUACAGAAAUGCUGGGAAGAGUUCAUCAGGAAACACCAUCCUGGGCAGAGAGGAGUUUGACCUGAAGAGAAGAACAGCUCAGUGUGUGAAGAGACAGGGAGAAGUAGCAGGCAGACAGGUCACUGUAGUCAAGGCUCCAGGAUGGUGGAAGAAUGUCAACCUCAUAAACACUCCUGAGCUCACUAAACAGGAGAUUGUGCUCAGUGUGUCUCUGUGUCCUCCAGGACCUCACAUUCUCUUACUGCUAGUACAAUUAGCUCAAUCUAUCGCGCAGGAUGACAUUAGAAACAUCCAAGAACAUGUGGAGAUUCUCAGUGACAGAGUCUGGUGUCACACCAUGGUGCUGUUUACCUGUGGAGACUGGCUGGGAAACACAACCAUUGAGCAGUACAUUGAGAGUGAAGAACAUAUCAGAUAUCUGGUAGAGAAAUGUGGGAACAGAUAUCAUGUUCUCAACAAUGAGGACAUAGGUGACAGAACACAGAUCACAGAGCUGAUGGAGAAGAUGGAGGAAAUUAUCUCUGGAAACGGAGGCCGUCACUAUGAGAUGGACAGAAAGAGACUGGAGGAAGUGAAGGAGAGGAGGGAGAAAGAAGAAGAGAGAGCAACAGAGAGACUGAUGAAGGUGGAGAAGCAAAGACAACACCUGCAGUCGCUGAAGUCAGGGAAUUCAUCCCCGCGGUCAGAGUUCAGAGUUGUGCUGCUGGGAUACAGAAGAUCUGGGAAGAGUUCAUCAGGAAACACCAUCCUGGGCAGAGAGGAGUUUGACCUGAAGAGAAGAACAGCUCAGUGUGUGAAGAGACAGGGAGAAGUAGCAGGGAGACAGGUCACUGUAGUCAAGGCUCCAGGAUGGUGGAGUAAUAUCAACCUCAUAGACACUCCUGAUCUCACUAAACAGGAGAUUGUCCUCAGUGUGUCUCUGUGUCCUCCAGGACCUCAUAUUCUCUUAUUGCUUGUAAAAGUAGCUAAUUCUUUGACAGUGGACAAGAAACUAAAUAUUCAACAACAUCUGGAGCUUCUCAGUAACAGAGUCUGGAGUCACACCAUGGUGCUGUUCACCUGUGGAGACUGUCUGGGAGACACAACCAUUGAGCAGUACAUUGAGAGUGAAGAGGCCCUGCAGUCUCUAGUAGAGAAAUGUGGGAACAGAUAUCAUGUCCUCAACAAUCAGAAUAGAGGUGAUGCUAUGCAGGUCACACAGCUGCUGGAGAAGAUAGAAAACAUGGUAGCAAUGAAUAAGAGCUCUCACUUUAAAAUGAGUGAAGAUCUUUUACAAAACCUAGAGGAGCGGGCGAAGACGGAGAAAAUCAGAGCAGAGAAGAGGAUGAUGAAGGUGAAGAAACAAAGACAUGACGUCAGGGCAUCACUGGUUCAAAUGCAUCAGUUACCUCUGAGGAUAAUUCUGCUGGGAUUCAACAACUCUGGCAAGUCUUCAACAGGGAACACCAUCCUGGGCAAAGAUGUGUUUGAGUUGUGUUCUACGUCAAAGUGUGAGAAGAGAGAGGCGGAGGUGGCAGGGAGACAUGUCACUGUGGUCGACACCCCAAGCUGGUGGUCGACAGCUGGCAUGACUAACACUCCAGAAUUCUUUAAACAGAAAACUGUGCUGAGUGUGUCCUUGUGUGAUCCUGGACCCCAUGUUCUCCUACUCCUCAUACGUAUUGAUGUCUGUUUCACUAGUCAAUACAGACAAGAAGUGCAGAAAUAUUUGACCCUUUUCAGUGGGGAUAUCUGGAUUCACACCAUGGUGCUGUUUACCCGUGGAGACUGGCUGGGAGACACAACCAUUGAGCAGCACAUUGAGAGUGAAGAGGCCCUGCAGUCUCUAGUAGAGAAAUGUGGGAACAGAUAUCAUGUCAUCAACAAUGAGAAUAAGACUGAUUAUCAGAUCACAGAGCUGCUGGAGAAGAUAGAAGAGAUGGUUGCACGAAAUGGGGGCCAUCACUAUGAGAUGGACAGAAAGAGAAUGGAGGAAGUAAAAAAGAGAAUGGCGAAAUUAGAAAAGAGAGCAAUAAAGAGUCUAAUGAAGGUGGAGAGGCAACACAGACAACACAUCCAGUCACUGAAGGCAGGAAAUGUAUACCCCCAGUCAGAGUUCCGAGUUGUUCUGCUUGGACAAACACAAUCUGGGAAGAGUUCAACAGGAAACACCAUCCUGGACAGAGAUGAGUUUGACCUGAAGAGAGGAACAGCUCAGUGUGUGAAGAGACAGGGAGAAGUAGCAGGCAGACAGGUCACUGUAGUCGAGGCGCCAGGAUGGUGGAGUGAUUUUAACCUUAAAAACACAACUGAGCUCACUAAACAGGAGAUUGUGCUCAGUGUGUCUCUGUGUCCUCCAGGACCUCACGCUGUCCUGCUUGUCAUACCUCUGACUUUAUCCUUACAAGAUAACUAUAUCAGCAUACUACAGGAACACUUUGAACUUCUCAGUGAAGAAGUCUGGAGUCACACCAUGGUGCUGUUUACUCAUGGAGGCUGGCUGGGAGACACACCCAUUGAGCAGUACAUUGAGAGUGAUAAGGCCCUACAGACUCUAGUAGAGAAAUGUGGGAACAGAUAUCAUGUCCUCAACAAUAACAAUAGGAGUGACAUGACCCAAAUUACACAGCUGCUGGAGAAGAUAGAAGAGAUGGUUGCAGGAAAUGGGGGAAGUCACUUUAAGAUGGACAGGAAAAGACUGGAGGUUGUAAAGGAGAGGGGGCAGAGAGAAGAACAGAGAGCAACAGAGAGACUGAUGAAGGUGGAGAGGCAAAGACAACAUCUCCAAUUACUAAAGCAAAAUUCACCCUCUCUCUCAGAAAUCAGAGUUGUUUUGCAGGGAUACAAAGGAUCUGGGAAGAGUUCAUCAGGAAAUACCAUCCUGGGGAAAGAUAUGUUUGACCUGAAGAAAGGCACAGCUCAGUGUGUGAAGAGACAGGGAGAAGUAGCAGGCAGACAUGUCACUGUAGUCAAGGCUCCAGGAUGGUGGGCAAAUAUCAACCUCAUAAACACUCCUGAGCUCACUAAACAGGAGAUUGUGCUCAGUGUGUCUCUGUGUCCUCCAGGACCUCACAUUUUCUUACUGCUUGUACGAAUAAGUGAUUCUAUCAGGCAGGAUUACUUGAGAAACAUCCGAGAACAUUUGGAGUUUGUCAGUAACAGAGUCUGGAGUCACACCAUGGUGCUGUUUACCCGUGGAGACUGGCUGGGAGACACAACCAUUGAGCAGUACAUUGAGAGUGAAGAACACCUCAGAUAUCUGGUAGAGAAAUGUGGGAACAGAUAUCAUGUUCUCAACAAUGUAGACAAAGGUGACAGAACACAGAUCACAGAGCUGAUGGAGAAGAUGGAGGAAAUUAUCUCUGGAAACGGGGGCCAUCACUUUGAGAUGGACAGAAAGAGACUGGAGGAAGUAAAGGAGAGAAGAAAACAACAGACACAGAGAGCAGAGGACAGACGGAUGUGGGUCUACAGGCAGAUAUCUGCUUUCCAAUUCUCAGUAGGUGAUGCUCCAUUCCUCUCAAGCAUGAGGGUUGUGCUUUUGGGAUUCAGAAAUGCUGGGAAGAGUUCAUCAGGAAACACCAUCCUGGGCAGAGAGGAGUUUGACCUGAAGAGAAGAACACCUCAGUGUGUGAAGAGACAGGGAGAAGUAGCAGGCAGACAGGUCACUGUAGUUGAGGCUCCAGGAUGGUGGAUUAAUUUCAACCUCAAAACCUGUCUUGAGCUCACUAAACAGGAGAUUGUGUUCAGUGUGUCUCUGUGUCCUCCAGGACCUCACAUUUUCUUACUGAUUGUAAAAAUAGCCGAAGCGUCAACACAGGAUUACAUUAGAAACAUCCAAGAACAUGUGGAGAUUCUCAGUGACAGAGUCUGGUGUCACACCAUGGUGCUGUUUACCCGUGGAGACUGGCUGGGAAAUGCAACCAUUGAGCAGUACAUUGAGAGUGAAGAACACCUCAGAUAUCUGGUAGAGAAAUGUGGGAACAGAUAUCAUGUUCUCAACAAUGAGGACAUAGGUGACAGAACACAGAUCACAGAGCUGAUGGAGAAGAUGGAGGAAAUUAUCUCUGGAAACGGAGGCCGUCACUAUGAGAUGGACAGAGAGAGACUCCAGGAAGUGAAGGAGAGGAGGGAGAAAGAAGAAGAGAGAGCAACAGAGAGACUGAUGAAGGUGGAGAGGCAAAGAAAACACCUGCAGUCGCUGAAGCCAGGACAUGCAUCCCCCCAGUCAGAGUUCAGAGUUGUGCUGCUGGGAUACAGAACAUCUGGCAAGAGUUCAUCAGGAAACACCAUCCUGGGCAGAGAGGAGUUUGACCUGAAGAGAAGAACAGCUCAGUGUGUGAAGAGACAGGGAGAAGUAGCAGGCAGACAGGUCACUGUAGUCAAGGCUCCAGGAUGGUGGAAGAAUGUCAACCUCAUAAACACUCCUGAGCUCACUAAACAGGAGAUUGUGCUCAGUGUGUCUCUGUGUCCUCCAGGACCUCACAUUCUCUUACUGCUAGUACAAUUAGCUCAAUCUAUCGCGCAGGAUGACAUUAGAAACAUCCAAGAACAUGUGGAGAUUCUCAGUGACAGAGUCUGGUGUCACACCAUGGUGCUGUUUACCCGUGGAGACUGGCUGGGAAACGUAACCAUUGAGCAGUACAUUGAGAGUGAAGAACACCUCAGAUAUCUGGUAGAGAAAUGUGGGAACAGAUAUCAUGUUCUCAACAAUGAGGACAUAGGUGACAGAACACAGAUCACAGAGCUGAUGGAGAAGAUGGAGGAAAUUAUCUCUGGAAACGGAGGCCGUCACUAUGAGAUGGACAGAAAGAGACUGGAGGAAGUGAAGGAGAGGAGGGAGAAAGAAGAAGAGAGAGCAACAGAGAGACUGAUGAAGGUGGAGAAGCAAAGACAACACCUGCAGUCGCUGAAGCAAAAUUCACCCUCUCUCUCAGAAAUCAGAGUUGUUUUGCAGGGAUACAAAGGAUCUGGGAAGAGUUCAUCAGGAAAUACCAUCCUGGGGAAAGAUAUGUUUGACCUGAAGAAAGGCACAGCUCAGUGUGUGAAGAGACAGGGAGAAGUAGCAGGCAGACAUGUCACUGUAGUCAAGGCUCCAGGAUGGUGGGUAAAUAUCAACCUCAUAAACACUCCUGAGCUCACUAAACAGGAGAUUGUGCUCAGUGUGUCUCUGUGUCCUCCAGGACCUCACAUUUUCUUACUGCUUGUACGAAUAAGUGAUUCUAUCAGGCAGGAUUACUUGAGAAACAUCCGAGAACAUUUGGAGUUUGUCAGUAACAGAGUCUGGAGUCACACCAUGGUGCUGUUUACCCGUGGAGACUGGCUGGGAGACACAACCAUUGAGCAGUACAUUGAGAGUGAAGAACACCUCAGAUAUCUGGUAGAGAAAUGUGGGAACAGAUAUCAUGUUCUCAACAAUGUAGACAAAGGUGACAGAACACAGAUCACAGAGCUGAUGGAGAAGAUGGAGGAAAUUAUCUCUGGAAACGGGGGCCAUCACUUUGAGAUGGACAGAAAGAGACUGGAGGAAGUAAAGGAGAGAAGAAAACAACAGACACAGAGAGCAGAGGACAGACGGAUGUGUGUCUACAGGCAGAUAUCUGCUUUCCAAUUCUCAGUAGGUGAUGCUCCAUUCCUCUCAAGCAUGAGGGUUGUGCUUUUGGGAUUCAGAAAUGCUGGGAAGAGUUCAUCAGGAAACACCAUCCUGGGCAGAGAGGAGUUUGACCUGAAGAGAAGAACACCUCAGUGUGUGAAGAGACAGGGAGAAGUAGCAGGCAGACAGGUCACUGUAGUUGAGGCUCCAGGAUGGUGGAUUAAUUUCAACCUCAAAACCUGUCUUGAGCUCACUAAACAGGAGAUUGUGUUCAGUGUGUCUCUGUGUCCUCCAGGACCUCACAUUUUCUUACUGAUUGUAAAAAUAGCCGAAGCGUCAACACAGGAUUACAUUAGAAACAUCCAAGAACAUGUGGAGAUUCUCAGUGACAGAGUCUGGUGUCACACCAUGGUGCUGUUUACCCGUGGAGACUGGCUGGGAAAUGCAACCAUUGAGCAGUACAUUGAGAGUGAAGAACACCUCAGAUAUCUGGUAGAGAAAUGUGGGAACAGAUAUCAUGUUCUCAACAAUGAGGACAUAGGUGACAGAACACAGAUCACAGAGCUGAUGGAGAAGAUGGAGGAAAUUAUCUCUGGAAACGGAGGCCGUCACUAUGAGAUGGACAGAGAGAGACUCCAGGAAGUGAAGGAGAGGAGGGAGAAAGAAGAAGAGAGAGCAACAGAGAGACUGAUGAAGGUGGAGAGGCAAAGAAAACACCUGCAGUCGCUGAAGCCAGGACAUGCAUCCCCCCAGUCAGAGUUCAGAGUUGUGCUGCUGGGAUACAGAACAUCUGGCAAGAGUUCAUCAGGAAACACCAUCCUGGGCAGAGAGGAGUUUGACCUGAAGAGAAGAACAGCUCAGUGUGUGAAGAGACAGGGAGAAGUAGCAGGCAGACAGGUCACUGUAGUCAAGGCUCCAGGAUGGUGGAAGAAUGUCAACCUCAUAAACACUCCUGAGCUCACUAAACAGGAGAUUGUGCUCAGUGUGUCUCUGUGUCCUCCAGGACCUCACAUUCUCUUACUGCUAGUACAAUUAGCUCAAUCUAUCGCGCAGGAUGACAUUAGAAACAUCCAAGAACAUGUGGAGAUUCUCAGUGACAGAGUCUGGUGUCACACCAUGGUGCUGUUUACCCGUGGAGACUGGCUGGGAAACGUAACCAUUGAGCAGUACAUUGAGAGUGAAGAACACCUCAGAUAUCUGGUAGAGAAAUGUGGGAACAGAUAUCAUGUUCUCAACAAUGAGGACAUAGGUGACAGAACACAGAUCACAGAGCUGAUGGAGAAGAUGGAGGAAAUUAUCUCUGGAAACGGAGGCCGUCACUAUGAGAUGGACAGAAAGAGACUGGAGGAAGUGAAGGAGAGGAGGGAGAAAGAAGAAGAGAGAGCAACAGAGAGACUGAUGAAGGUGGAGAAGCAAAGACAACACCUGCAGUCGCUGAAGCCAGGACAUGCAUCCCCCCAGUCAGAGUUCAGAGUUGUGCUGCUGGGAUACAGAACAUCUGGCAAGAGUUCAUCAGGAAACACCAUCCUGGGCAGAGAGGAGUUUGACCUGAAGAGAAGAACAGCUCAGUGUGUGAAGAGACAGGGAGAAGUAGCAGGCAGACAGGUCACUAUAGUCAAGGCUCCAGGAUGGUGGAAGAAUGUCAACCUCAUAAACACUCCUGAGCUCACUAAACAGGAGAUUGUGCUCAGUGUGUCUCUGUGUCCUCCAGGACCUCACAUUCUCUUACUGCUAGUACAAGUAGCUCAAUCUAUCGCGCAGGAUGACAUUAGAAACAUCCAAGAACAUGUGGAGAUUCUCAGUGACAGAGUCUGGUGUCACACCAUGGUGCUGUUUACCCGUGGAGACUGGCUGGGAAACGUAACCAUUGAGCAGUACAUUGAGAGUGAAGAACACCUCAGAUAUCUGGUAGAGAAAUGUGGGAACAGAUAUCAUGUUCUCAACAAUGAGGACAAAGGUGACAGAACACAGAUCACAGAGCUGAUGGAGAAGAUGGAGGAAAUUAUCUCUGGAAACGGAGGCCGUCACUAUGAGAUGGACAGAAAGAGACUGGAGGAAGUGAAGGAGAGGAGGGAGAAAGAAGAAGAGAGAGCAACAGAGAGACUGAUGAAGGUGGAGAAGCAAAGACAACACCUGCAGUCGCUGAAGCCAGGACAUGCAUCCCCCCAGUCAGAGUUCAGAGUUGUGCUGCUGGGACAAAGAACAUCUGGCAAGAGUUCAUCAGGAAACACCAUCCUGGGCAGAGAGGAGUUUGACCUGAAGAGAAGAACAGCUCAGUGUGUGAAGAGACAGGGAGAAGUAGCAGGCAGACAGGUCACUAUAGUCAAGGCUCCAGGAUGGUGGAAGAAUGUCAACCUCAUAAACACUCCUGAGCUCACUAAACAGGAGAUUGUGCUCAGUGUGUCUCUGUGUCCUCCAGGACCUCACAUUCUCUUACUGCUAGUACAAUUAGCUCAAUCUAUCGCGCAGGAUGACAUUAGAAACAUCCAAGAACAUGUGGAGAUUCUCAGUGACAGAGUCUGGUGUCACACCAUGGUGCUGUUUACCUGUGGAGACUGGCUGGGAAACACAACCAUUGAGCAGUACAUUGAGAGUGAAGAACACCUCAGAUAUCUGGUAGAGAAAUGUGGGAACAGAUAUCAUGUCCUCAAUAAUCAGAACAGAGAUGACAAGCAGGUCACACAGCUGCUGGAGAAGAUUGAGGAGAUGGUAGCAGGAAAUGGUGGACGUCACUUUGAGGUUGACAAAACUCUUCUACAGGAAGUGGAGAACAAGAGGAGACGUCUCACUACAAGAGCGGAGGACAGAGAGACAAGAGCUUACAAACAGGAGGUUAUGUUUAAAUAUGUCAUGGGUGAACUACAGCCUCUCUGUGGGAUAAAGGUGAUGCUCCUGCAGUAUGUUGAGGAGUUCACUUCCGAACGAAACACAGACCGUGACAGAGGAGAGAUGGCAGAAGGAGUCACUCUUCAGUGUGCGGAGGAAAUCAGGGGAGGUCGAGAGAUCACUAUAGUUACGAUGACACCAAAUCUUCACUUCACUGAGAGAAGAAGGAGACAAUUCCAGACACAUCUGGGGCUUCUGGGGGACAGAGUUUGGGAUCACGCCAUAGUGAUGUUUGACUCCUCUGAUGACCUGUCAGUGGACAGGAACAUUGAGGAGUACAUUGAGAGUGAAGGAGAGGCCCUGCAGUGGCUGGUUGAGAAAUGUGGGAACAGAUAUGUUCACUGGACAGGUGAGGAGAGCAGGCCAGGUGUACUGAAGAAGGUUUAUGAGUUAGUGGUUCUCAAUGGAGGAAGCCAUUUCCAGUAUGAGGAAGGGAGGACAAAUGAGACCACAGCAGCAGACUGGAAGAUGGAGGUGCAGCAGUUGGAGGAACAGAUGGAAGAGAUUGAGCUGGCAAAGAGCAAGGACACUGCCCCCGAUAUGACAGGUGAUGAUAAAUCUGAAAAAACCUCUGGUUACGGGACAUUCAUCUCAGACACAGCAUCUGAAGCCCCAUCAGAUCAACACUCUCUGAUGUCAGGAGGUACCAGCUCUGGGAUUGGCUCUUUAACAUCUGGAAGACUGGGAUGUCACAAAAAGUUUGACAAAGUCCCAGAGCCAUCAAAUGUACGUGGGCCUAACGUCAUUGGGGAAGAUUCCUCAGAAGACACUUUUCUGGACCAAGAGGAUUGGGAUUCUGUAGACAAUCCUGACUGGAGGAGAGACAUGAGAGGACUGUCUGAAGAUAUGGCUGAGUUGGACAUUUCAUCUGGCACAAUUCUGUGUCAGUAUUUCAAACAAACAAACUGCUGCAAAUCCUGUGAAGACAAAGAUGAAGACACCUCACACUGGAUCCUGAUGGAACCCUCUGUUUCCAUGGAGACAGGAGUCCCAGUGUAUAAACACAGCUCUCCACCAGGAAGUUUUGAGUGCACAGUAUCUGGUUUGCGCUGGGUGUGUGCUGUUGAAGUCUCUCUACAGUAUCACUUUAGUGACCCCCAUGUAUUUGGAGCAGAGCUUGCCAUGUUGCAGUAUGAGCCAAUUGGUCCCUUGAUGGACAUCAAAGUGCUCUCAGGUGAACUGUUGGAGGCUCAUCUGCCCCAUUUUGCCUGUCUGGAAGGUUCCUAUACCUCUCUUAGAGAGGCUGUGAGAGUUCUGCAUGGGGUUGACUUUGGUGUGACUCUAGAGAAAUGUGAACUGACCCGCUUCCACGCAAAGCUCCUCAAGCCCUCCUUCUCACUGACAGAAGUCCUGGUGAAAUUAGGAAUCCCAAUGAAAGCCCAUCUGGAUGUGUUAAUUUACCGCACCAGAGUGACACCCCUGGUUCUACUCACAUACAUUGUGCCACGGGAUGCUUCCAUGAUUCAGGCCGUUAAAGAGGAUUUAUGCAGGACCCAAGAUGCAAAGGAGAUCAUAACACAUCGACCGAACAUCUCCAUUUGGAUGUGUACUGAGUUUAUCCUAAAAGCAUCCCUUUGUGAUGCUAAGAUCUCCCCAUCAGCGAUCACCCUUAAAUACGUCAAACCUCCAGAGUUUUUCAAAGUUGUCAUUAAAAACGCAGAGGACUCUUUUGAUUUGGAGAUACUCAGUGAGGGUAAAUCCACAUGGAAAGCGACAUUGGAACGCUUUGAAUAUGGUGACACGGGAGAAAUGGCACACAGUUUUGAAAAUCCCCUAGCAGCAUCUAGACAUUCCCAAGAAGUGAUCCACAGAACUGAUGAGGAAGAAGGGAAAAUGGCCUCCAUGUCACACAAAGGUGAGAUACUCAGUGAUGGCAAGUCCAUUAGGAUAACGACAAUGGAACAUUUUGAAUUUGGUGAAACUGGAGAUGUUGCACGCAAUCAUGAAAUUCCCUCCGCAGCAUCCAGACAUUCCCGAGAAGUGAUCCCCAGAGAGGCGGCUUACACAAGCAGAGAAGGGAUCCACAGAACUGAUGAGGAAGAAGGGAAAAUGGCCACCAUGUCACACAAAGAUCGACUGUACCAUAUUCGGCCUGAUCUCAUCGAGAGGACAUCAGAAGGCGUACUAAAAGGUCUGGUUCUGAGGCUUGAAUCCCAUCAGCCUCCUGUGUUGAACAGGAUGGAAGCACAAGUCAUCCUGCAGAGGACCAGCGUGGUGCAUGAGCAGGUGACCUCCCUCAUCGACAUGGUGCUUAAAAAGGGAGACACAACAUGUGGCAUCAUGCUCUCCCUCCUUAAAGAACUGGACUAUUACUUUUAUCAAGACCUUAUCAAGAAAACACUGAACCUUUCUUAAGACCUAUAGGAAGAGACCUUCUCAUUCCGUCGGUGGGCAAUAUGUGUAAAUGGACUACUUAUUAAGAAAACACAUGCAAAUCAACAAUACACAAAACCUCCAUUCUAUUGGUCUCUAAUGUAAAUCCACAAACUGUCAAAACACAAACUGUACCUGGAAUGCUACUUUGACAUUUUGAAAAAUGUUAUACACAAUGUGAUAAAGCCGUCCUGGUGAUGUCUGUGGUGAAAACAACUAAAUAACUUUUUAGUUUCCUUCAAUUUGUAAGGUGCCCCCUGCAGCUGAGAGAGGAGGCUGCAUCAUAGCAUGACUUCACUGUACAGAAUAUGACUGCUCAGAAAGUAUCAGAAGAUGGAUAUACAUUUAGUAGUAGACUAUUGAUGUAAAUAAAAUAAAUGUAAAACUAGCCUGUUGUGGAGUUGAUACAUCACAUUUAUGGAUGGAUAUAUAUUCAAUGCAGUACACUAUUGAUGUAAAUACAAUAAAAAAUA